ACUAAGAAGUAUUUCGCAGCGAAAGAAAUAAUCAAAUCGCAAAGAAUUUAUGAAUUAAAUGCAAAAAGUAUUGAUUACAUCUCCGAAAAUGUCCAGCUUUCAAAUAUGCUUGCUGCUGAUCGCCACGAUAUGUGUCAGUUGGAAUAGUGCGAGUGCUGGCAAAGUGUGCAGUGCAGAGAGAGAUGAGUGGAGGUGUAAGUCCGGCGGCUGUAUUGCAGCAGAAAAUCUAUGCGAUGGCAUCCGCCAUUGUCUCGAUGGUUCCGAUGAGACGAAAGCAUCUUGCAAAUCGAUGCAAUGCUCAUUUGCUUCAUUUCGUUGUGAUUAUGGUGCAUGCAUAUCACUCGAAUUGCUGUGUGAUGGUGUGCACGAUUGUGACGAUUCAUCGGAUGAGGACAGUGAGACGUGUCGCAAACGACGCAAUGAUUUACCGAAUGAUGAGAUAGAUGAGGAGACAAAACGAAAGAAUUGUAUUGGUUGGGGGCAAAUGAAGUGUUGGUCGGGCCAGUGUGUCAGCAUCACUGACAAAUGUAAUGGCGUACAGGACUGUGAUGAUGGUAGUGAUGAGCUGACUUCUUUGUGCCAAACGGUAUUGUGUAGGCAAAAUCAGUUCCAAUGCGGUUAUGGCGCUUGUUUGCCCAUGGAAGCCAAAUGUAAUGGAACAAAGGAAUGCUGGGAUGGUACCGACGAGCAUGAGGGACUAUGCAUAAAGGAAAGUGCUACCGUAUUAACACCCAAAACUAGAAUAAAAUCAAACGCAGUUACGGAGAGUAUUACGUAUCCAACGAUUAAGAACAAACCAAACACGUCAACGGAGCUUCCAAAUACGCGAGAAACUACUACAACUAUUUUAGACGAUUCGACACAUUUUGAAGCCAUUGAAAACUCCGAAAAAGAUUUAACAAUCAUACCUAAAGUUAAAACUACGAGCACACAAACAACAACGAAUCGACCUGUUGCCAAUACUAAGAAUAAAAAAACCUUGGAAACUCAUUUCAAUGGCUCACCUUCAGAACGAUCUCACUUGAACACUACAAGCAUGAAUGAAAUUAUAAUUACGCAGAAGACAUCAACUUCUAAACCACUUAUCGGACCGGCCACAAAAGCAAAUGUAACAAGGAACUACUCAGAGAAAAAUACGCAAAUAAUAACACCAAUAAUUCGAGAAACAACAACCACAAUUUAUAUAUCAAAGCAAACUGAUAGUAGUGACACUAACGGUCAAGAAGUGAGUGGACAAAUUGAGAGACUACCUAAAGGUCCAGUUUAUCAUAUUAAUAAAACAUUAAAUGCCACGGAAAAAAACCGUAAUGCUAAAUACCCUGGAGGUAUAACAACAAUCACGGAAGUGAAGAAAGACAAAUCAAAAGCUGAAGGAAACAAAGAAGACUUCGAAAACAGCAUGAACAGCACGCCUUCAGAACGAACUCAAGUCAUAACAACAAAUGAAAACGAAACUAUGAUCACACAAAAAACCUCAGUUCAUUCACCAGCUGUAGCAACUUCAGCGGAAAGUUUCGGUAUCGAUCAAACUUUUAAGAAACUCUCCGGGACGGCUACGAGAGAAAAUGUAACAAAACAAUUUUCAGAAAACAAUUUACACGUGACCAUGCCAAAAAUUGGCAACACAAUAAAAACUCCACCGAUUAAAAAAAAUAAAACAUUUCCUCUUGACAUUCGAAAUGGUACGCCAUCAGAGCAGCCUAAAGGUAAUGGAAAUAAGGAACAAGAAGUCAGGCAGAUCCAGAAUCAACUUGCCAUAUCGCAAACCACCUUAUAUACUCUAAAUGUGACAAGACAAACUCCCAAUCUCAAAACAAAUUUAAGUUCGAGUUCUAACAGAUCUAAUGAUUCUAAUUUAAGUGUUCAGAGCCCUAUAAAUUCACGACCACACACUUUCGUACUGCCUACAAGUCCUGUUUCGCCUGUUGAUAAAACAUUAAAUGCAACAGAAAAACCCCGCAAUGUAAACUAUCCAGGAAGUAUAACCACAACUGUCACAAACCUGUACAACAUGAGUAGAACAACACCGCCUACUACCACCAAUAAAGCAACCACUAAAACCAGGAAUCAAUGCACUAUACGCAGGUGUGAUUAUCCACUCAUUUGUAACAUUUUAUUACAAGGCUCCCAAGAUUCUGGAAGAUUAUAUGACAAUCAGGCGCGACAUUACCUCUUUGAGGGAUCAGAAGUGGUUUUCAACUGUGCCGACGGUUUUGUUCUAGAAGGUGUAAACCGUACAACAUGCAAAGCAAACGGCUGGACCAAUAAAAUUCCAAGUUGCAAUCCCUCCUGUGAUGCAGACUUCAAAUUGCGCUGCAUACCGCCACUGAAAUGUGUCUAUGAGGAGCCCAACAUUAGUAAAAAACAAGUCAUAACGAAUUAUUUUACAGAUACUGUUGUUAGAGAACAUUUUAAACUUAGUUUCGAAUGCUAUGAGGGUUAUCUCCUAGAAGGUUCGAAUGUAAGGAAAUGUACAGCGAAAGGCUGGUCAAAUGUGAUGCCUAGAUGUGUCAAUCAAUGCGAUGUAUUGGAUUUGAAAAUUCCGAAGUGGCCGCUAAAGUGCCAAAAGUUUGACUCAAAUACAAGAUAUACAACUAACUGCCAAUAUUCACUUUGGAAUAGGAAGGUGAGAGAAGGCUCUUAUUUUGAAUAUAGCUGCGAAUAUGGAUACAAUCUGAGUGGAGUGAAUCGUUCAACCUGUAUGAAUUAUGGCUGGAAUAAUGACGCACCUACUUGCAUUCCCUGGUGCGAUUUAAAACUUAUCCGUCCGUGUAAAUAUCCGUUAAUUUGUAAAGAAACCCGGACUAGAUAUUUCUCCAGCAACAUGGCUGCCGCAACCACCUCGGAAUUAACUGUGGAAUUUUCUUGUAAAGUUGGUUAUGAACUAGUUGGUGAGAAGGUCAUCACAUGUUCGAAAGGUGGAUGGAGUCAUAGUAUUCCUACUUGCAAGAAAAUUUAUUGUGAUGCUAAUGUAUUGGACGACUGCACUUUUCCGUUAAUGUGUUGGCGGUAUGACUCUGCGACGAAAAGGUAUAGGAGAAUCUACAAAGGAAGCGUGCAGCAAUUAUCCCACGAUGAACAAUUAUAUAUUAGCUGUGAAAAUGGCUAUAUUUUCUCAGGCACACAAUAUUUAAAUUGUAACGGAGGCAAAUGGUAUGACACUAUGCCUAAAUGUAUCGCAACAUGCAGAACCGAUUUGUUACCUAAAUGUGAAAAUCCAAUGAUUUGCACUGCUCACAAUUAUUAUACAGGAUCUAGCCAAGCCAUAACUAAUAACAAUAGCGGCGGUUAUAGAACGUAUCCCCAAGGCAUUACGGUAGUUUUCAAUUGCGCUUAUGGCCACGUACUAAAUGGCGCCAGAACAGCAACCUGUGACUUCCAUGGUUGGAAAUACGAAGACGGAAUGUACGAUCCUGAAUGUCAACGAAUCUCUAACACUUGUGACAAAGAAAUACUGGAUAACUGCACUUAUCCACUAAUUUGUGAGAGAUUCGAUAUCGAGUUCGGGGAUUAUACAAAAAUUCAAAGUGCCAUCCACCAGAAAUCAAUUUAUGAUGCGGAACAAAUAAGAUUCAGUUGUGAAAAUGGUUAUGUGUUGGAUGGCAGAAACGCUUUAACUUGCACGGGAGGCAAAUGGGAUGGCUAUAUACCCAAAUGUAUUGUACAUUCCUGCAGAGCUGAUUUACUUCCCGCGUGCAAAUACCCAUUAACUUGCACGCGUUACGAAUCCAAGUUCAAAUCCGAGCAGACAAUAUUUGAUAGCAGUAUUAAUGAGUCCACAAAUUAUGCUUUAAAUACUCAGAUUGUUUUCGGUUGUGCUGAAGACUUUAAGUUGAAAGGCGAAGAGCAAACCAUUUGUAGUUCGAACGGUUGGAGUCAUCAGCAAAGUCUUAAACUACCGCAAUGUGUGCGCAAUUCUCCAUGUGAUCUCGAUAUUUUUAAAAGUUGUAAACGACCAGUCUUUUGUCAUUAUCAAGAACCGAAUAAGAAUAAUUGGUCAAUGGUACAGAGCAAUUUCCUUAUAAAUUAUGUUGCUGAAAAUUCAGUUGUAAGCUUCAGUUGUGAUUACGGUUUUAAGCCUCAAGGAGCCAAUUAUAUAUAUUGUAAAUCGGAUGGAUGGGAUAAUCCUAUACCUAAGUGUGUGCGUGAUUAAUAAAUUAGUGAUAAUGAUUUAUGCUGAAA